GGAAGUGCUUGGGGAGGGCCGCGCAGUCGGACCGGCUGCUGAGACGAAAGCUUCACUGGGGCAGUCUCCGCAUAUCAUGGGGAGAUAGACGCUGCUGCCUUUGAUUGGCCUUGGUCCUCACAGCUCCAAAAAGAAGCAGGAUCUUGAUAAGCUCUAUGAGCUGAAGUCCAAAGCUCGGCAGAUUAUGAACCAGUUUGGCCCCUCAGCCCUAAUCAACCUCUCCAAUUUCUCAUCUAUAAAACCAGAGCCAGCCAGCACCCCUCCACAAGGCUCCAUGGCCAAUAGCACCACUGUGGUAAAGAUACCAGGCACUCCUGGGACAGGCGGUCGUCUUAGCCCUGAAAACAAUCAGGUGUUGACCAAGAAGAAAUUACAAGACUUAGUCAGGGAAGUGGAUCCUAAUGAGCAGCUGGAUGAAGAUGUGGAGGAGAUGCUGCUGCAGAUCGCCGAUGAUUUCAUCGAGAGUGUGGUGACAGCAGCCUGCCAGCUUGCUCGGCAUCGCAAGUCCAGCACCCUAGAGGUGAAAGACGUCCAGCUGCAUCUAGAGCGCCAGUGGAACAUGUGGAUCCCAGGAUUUGGCUCUGAGGAAAUCCGACCCUACAAAAAAGCUUGCACCACAGAAGCUCACAAACAGAGAAUGGCAUUGAUCCGGAAAACAACCAAGAAAUAACACAGGGACAGUCAGGGAAUGGACGACAUGUAUUUGGAGAUACUUGAGCUGAGACCUCAGCCAUCUCAUCCUUGGAUUUUUUUUUAAUGCUUUACAGAGAAGCAUAUAUUUUUUAUUAACAGUGCAGCAAUAUCUAUAAUGACUGAGAAGAUCUGCCAAAAGAAUAAAGCCUCCUACCCCAACUUCUGGUCCCUUCCCUGCCGUCUCAAAGGAGGAGGCUUUCCUGUGGUUUAUCUUAUAGACUGACUGUAGGCAGAGUGGUGUGGGCAUGUGGGUGAGCCAGUGUUAGCAGGUUUGUAGAGGGUUUGUCACCUUCUCCCCUGUCCCUGUACUUUGUAAUGUCAGUGUUUAUAUGAAUAUGAACUUGAUUUGCUUUUCCAGAAUAAAGAACUUUUAAUUGAGACACAGGGUGCCUAGCUGAGAGCCUUUGAGAUGCCAGUGAGGACCAGCAAGGUGGAGCGCUGCCGUCAGCAGAUGGCAGCACAGGCUCCUUCUGUGCAGUUCAACCGGGUUUUCAGUUGACUCCAGAGGAAGGAACCAGCAGUAGGAGCUAGUUCAGUCUCUCUGCCACAGGACAGGGUGGACUAGCCCCAAAUAAACGGCAUUCAGGUUCUGAU